AUGAAUAACGUCUGCAUUUAAUACUCAGGCAGCUUUGUGAUAACCCCAAACAGGAAUAUGUGGGUGGAAGGUGGAACGCCCAAUGUCAAAUAACUAUGCCAAAACUUUGAUAACAAGACUCGUAAUGAAACAAGGGAUGAGAUCACGCGAUAACCUGCCAUUGAAGAGCGAAACCUGACCCAAUCGUGACCGUGCUAUUUGGAAUUUACGGCGACUCAUUUUGGCACAAUUCCCUCCUGAAAAUAUAUCCUACCUGCGGUUUUACAGAGAUACGGUGGCGCACGUUGAAGCAGUCGUGACGUGCAAAUUGAGAUGCCAUCUCCAAAAAGCUUUGUGUUCGUGUUGAAAGAACCUCAGCAUGAAUCUUGCGGCGAGACAUCAGACUGACGGGAGGACAUAUUGUGUGCGUUAUAGUGGUGUAAAAUAACGAACCGUAUGCAUCUGAUAGGCAGACUGAAGACUACAACAGUUUAUGAAAGUGAAUGAACCAUUCGACAAGCUUUUGUGAAACGGGCAAAAUUGGUGGAGGUUGAAUUGACGUCGAAUUUCAUGGACAAGACUAGAGCGUCAAAAGAUGUCCUCCGGUAACAACACGUCGUUCGGUUUGCCGUUGUUUAUGAACCCGGAAUUCCGGCACCUUCUAGACCAGCUUCAAGUGGCCCGUUUUAGUAUAUUCGCCUUCGUGUUUGUGUUGGGAAUAUGGGGGAACGUCAUGGUCAUCACGUCGAUAUGCACCGCGAAGCGAUUAAAAACUUCAAGUAAUUAUUUCAUAGCGAACCUGGCGAUCGCCGAUCUCGGCUCGUUGCUCAUCGCAAUGCCGAUUGCUGUCAUUGGACAAGUGACCGACUGGCCAUUCGGUGCGAUCGUCUGCAGAUUCCUGAACCCGUUGAAAGAUUUAUUUCUUCACGUUUCGUGUAUAACUUUAACGGCGAUCGCCAUAGAUCGUUUCGUGCACACGGCGUAUCCAUUCAAACCUCAUCUUUCAUCUUACAAAGUCAAACUGACCAUCGCGUUGAUAUGGCUUGUGGAUUACCUUGUUGUGCCUCUGCCCAUGGGUUUCGUGAUGAAGAUACGCAAGCAUCCGUGGAACGGCUUCGACGUUUGCAUGGCCGUGUGGUCGCCGGAGGGACGAAAAAUAUCGAUUCUUGUUCUCUCCGGAUUCCUGUUUCUUUCGGUUUUAAUCACAGGUCUCUCGUACCUUGGAGUCGGAGUGGUUAUGUUUCGUCAGCGGAAACGGAUAAAACAGCGGGCCCAAGAGCAAGGCGCGGGAAAUCAACAAAAAGCACUUAAGCGACAGCUGGAGAAAAACGCAAAGACGGUUAAACUCAUGGUCGUGAUUGUGCUAGCGUUUUGGUUCUCGGUUUUACCGUUGACAGUGUUUGGAUUGCUGCAGGAGUUGAAGGUUUUGGUGUUAAAUCCAUCGCAGUAUGUAAUAUCCAUGUUCAUCGUGUUGCAUCUGCUGUUUCUACAGCAUUGUAUUAAUCCCAUAAUCCUUUAUGUUUUCUCCAAAGAAAUGCGGGUCGGUUUCGCAGCCUGCCUUAAGGAGUGUAGUGGUAAGGGAGGUAGAGGAUAUCCGAGACAGUAUGGUAGGAAAGCAAGCUUGAACGGAAAGCCUGCGUCGCUGAGUAGGAACGAGAAGUCAAAACCAAACGAUGCCAGUUUGGCUGUGAAUGGAGUCCCUAGGAUGUACAAAAUCGUGAAUCAUAACAAAAGAGGGCCAACUGUGCAAGUGUAAAUGUACUAAAGAUAUCUAGAGCGCCAAUGCGAACUAACUUGUCACUUGUGAACUGUUCUUCCUAGGAAUCCAGAGUGUUGAUCACCUCUGGGUGAUCCAGUGUUACUGCAAGAAGAAACUGAACUUGAUUUAUUCCGGGUAGCUAGUUCCAUUAUGUCUAAAUUUUUCUAUAAUAAGGACCAUCUAUUAGUCCAAUGUUAUAAUAAUACAGAAUGCAGCCUAAACCUAACUCAAUUAUACUGGAUGGUCUAUCAUUUUUAAGCAGCUCUAUCAUUUUGAAAUUGUCCUGCCUGGAAAUUAACCCAACUGUUCUGGUGUUGAUAUGAUGAGCAAAUAUUCAUUUAAAAGUGAUUAGCGUGCGGUACUUCAAUCAAUAGCAAUGUUAAUUUCAAAAACAAAGGGUUCGCUCCACUCUAGAUUUCUUCCGCAAUAGGCAAGCAAUUUUUGUAUAUAAUAAAUAAAUAUGUAAAAGAAAAUGAGAUAUAAGAACAAUAUCCGUAUGUUAUGUACAAAGUGCAGCAGAAUUCGAACAAGUGCGGCAUUAUUAUCAAAAAGAAGAUUUGGUGCGCUGCAUAUGUCUCUAUAUAGUCAUAGUGAAUUGAUAUUGAAAAAUAAAAAAAUAAUAUAGCAAAAAAUGACGACGCUUGAUAUGAAUAAACUGAAUAAAACUAUGUGUAAAACUCAUAACUACAUUUUUGACUAGAAAUGGACGAUUCCGAUUGGUCAAGACUAACCCAAUCGCUUGCUUGCUUCACCUCGCUAAAAGAUACGCUGAUGCUUGCUUACAGUGGAACA